AUGUCUAGACCAGGGGGGCGAGAUGUGCUGUCAUCCACGUGCUGCUGGGGCAUGGCAUGUCCCACAGUCUUACAGUCUUACAGAACCACGGUCCCGAACCACUACUUUACUUUGCGAGGCGUGGUUGUUUGGUACCUACGGUACGGUAUACCGCUAGUAAACGACGUAUCUAACGUGGUUGCUCGGGAUGCGUCAAUUGCCGAGCUGAGCCACCAGGGGAUACCUUCAGGGGAUAGAUACGAUCGGAUAUUUGUGAAACCGCUCCGUUCCGCCGGUGGCCUUUCUGUGCCGGCACGGGGCACGAGUGCUGAUGAGUGA